AUGGAAAGGACGAUUGGCAACCUUGGCCAAGAGAUUCGCCUCCAUUCUAGCCCAUAUCAAAACCUAUCUCAACGAGCAGUUUUGCAAGCACAGAUUAACGCUUUCAAAGCCAUGAUCCCAGACCUUGAACCAGAUCCUCCUCCUCCUCAUGGUUCUGUAAAGCUUGAAGAUGGAUAUACCCUCCUUCGGAAACGCGAGCGCACUCCAAAAGCUAUUCAUGCAUGUGAGGCAACAGCACUAAAUGUAUACUGUCAACAGUUUGGUGUGCAAUUCAAUCCUGAAGGAUGUGUUCGCAAAUGGGCUAGGCUAGGACUACCAUCAGGACAAAUUGCUCGAUCUGCAUGGGGGGAAGACAUGCCAGGGAAACGAGCUUUGCAGCAUUCUCGACAUGUAAAAGUGCAUAAACAACACUCUAUUAAAUUCAAGUUUUACUUCAAUAGUCUGUUUACAUCUUAUAGAUAUGUGCACAAGGCAAUAUAA